UGUCCCGGGCCGGCGGGGGCGAAGCUGCCGCGCGGGGACGCUCGCGCGGCGCGGCUUCGACCGGCGUUGCCCUGCCGCCCCGCCCUGGUGUGAUAACUUGGGCUCCUCCUCCUUGUCCUCCAACCCCUGCGGGCCGUGUCUCCCGGAACGGAGCGCCAGCCCUGCCUCCCGGACACACGACGCUCACGUAGUCGGUGGCAGGAGCUUCCCCUGCCACCUCCCUCCAGGCUCUCCGAUGCAGCGAGCCAGCUGGAGAGGGGGCUUCCCCACGGCCCAAAAGGGUUCUAGCCUAUUCAUCUAACCCCAUGAUGGCUGUGGACAUAGAGUACAGAUACAGCUGCAUGGCCCCUUCCCUGCGCCGAGAGAGGUUCACCUUCAAGACCUCACCGAAGCCCAGCGAGCCACUGAGGCCGUGCAUUCAGCUAAGCAGCAGGAAUGAAGCCGGCGGGAUGGUGGCCCCCACGGUCCAGGAGAAGAAGGUGAAAAAGCGGGUGUCCUUUGCAGACAACCAAGGGCUGGCCCUGACAAUGGUCAAAGUGUUCUCAGAAUUCGAUGACCCAUUAGAUAUUCCCUUUAACAUCACCGAGCUCCUAGACAACAUUGUGAGCUUGACGACAGCAGAGAGCGAGAGCUUUGUUCUGGAUUUCACCCAGCCUUCCGCUGAUUACUUAGACUUCAGAAACCGGCUUCAGACCGACCACGUAUGCCUUGAAAACUGUGUCCUGAAGGACAAAGCCAUCGCAGGCACAGUGAAGGUGCAGAACCUGGCGUUUGAGAAGAUGGUGAAAAUAAGAAUGACAUUCGACACCUGGAAAAGCUUCACAGACUUUCCCUGUCUGUAUGUGAAGGACACUUACGCCGGCUCGGACAGGGACACCUUCUCCUUUGAGAUCAGCUUGCCUGCGAAAAUUCAGUCUUAUGAGAGGAUGGAGUUUGCCGUGUGCUUUGAGUGCAGUGGACAGACGUACUGGGACAGCAACAAAGGGAAAAACUAUAGGAUCAUCCGAGCCGAGCUGAAAGCCACGCAGGGUGCCGCCGAGCCACAAAACGGACCCGAUUUUGGAAUAUCCUUUGACCACUUUGGGAGCCCUCGGUGUUCCUACGGUCUGUUUCCGGAGUGGCCGAGUUAUUUAGGAUACGAAAAACUAGGUCCCUACUAUUAGACCCUGCGUGUGCCGGAGCAUGGCGGAGCAGGUGCAGAGGAGCCUCGCUGUGGUCACGGGCGGGUGGAGACGGAAGCCAGGAGAAACGCAGAACUGCCAUUAGGCACAGUCUCUGAAAAGAGAGGAUCCUGUUCACUUUUCUUCUUACGCCAGCUCAGCCAGCCAGGUUUAGGUGCCAGGACUGGUUUCAUACUCAGAGUACGGUGGGGUGCUGGUCGGCUCGGCAUCCAGGGUGGCCACAAGAGUUGGAGCAGGGUGGCAGGGCCGGCCCAGGCCUGGGCAGGGACCAGGCCCGUGGGUACUGCUGGUGACACUAGGGGAUGGUGGCUUCAGAGUGAGGCCACCAGGGGUGCACCCCAGCUGCCUGGGGAAACCGCCCCUGCCCCCUGGGAUGUGAACGGUCACUUGGAAGUCACUCCAUCCCAGCCCGCUGCCCCGGGACCCUUGUCAUCGGUCUCUGAGUGCCCCCCACACCCCAGCCGAGCCCCUCCUGCCUGUUGCUGGCAUUCCUUGUCUACACGUGCUUAGCUUCACACUGCAGCUCUGUGCUUUUUUUUUUUUUUUUUUUUUUGCAUUUUGUUUCCUUCACAGUUCAUCUGAUGUUCAGGAAAAGAUAAUCAAGGUAAAUUAGCCUGUGACGGAAACAGGUGCUUCCUCUUUCUGACCCCACGUAUGUGUGCUCCGGCAGAGAACAACAUACCAGUUGUCAAAAGAAACUUACCCCCAUGCUGGGCUCCAGACUGCAGGCUUUUCUGAUAGGCAGGACAGAGGGAGACACCUGUAGCUCUUCCUCUCUGCUUUCGGGGGAACUUUCGAAGUAGCUUUCGAAUUACUCACUCCUACCCUGCCUCACCAGACAGCCCAAUGACAAGAUUUGUUGGAACUUGCCCGGCUAGUUUGCAAGCACCUCAUUCUUCACGGAGGGAUUUUAGACUGUCCUUUCCUCGAGAGCCCUCCAUGCUGUGUUCAGGACACGUUGUUUGGUUUGGUUUUGACUGUGAUCUGCACGACCCAGGACUCUUUGCAAGCACCCAGGGACUUUGAUUUGGGUGUUCUUAUUUAUGGUGUGUGAGUCUGUAUAAAAGGGAUAGAGGAGAAAGCCCUCACCAAGUUCUCAAUAUUUUAUUUUCAAUGUGUGGCAACUCUGAAAUAUCAGAGAUUAAUUAUUCUUACCCAUAUUGGACCAUGAAUUAAAAGUCCGUUGGUUCAUACUGUCGUGAGACUCCUGGGACAUUCACGGACGGAUGAUCCCCAAACACUAUGAUUUUUCUGGGGUGAGAUUGGUUUGUACUUGGGUGUGUUUAAAAAAAUAUUUUUACAUAUGUAUUUGGAGAAGGUUGGGUUUUUUUGUUUUUGUUUUUGUUUUUGUUUCUUUUGUGUUUUGUCUUUGGAGCUUAAUUAAAUGUCUCAUUUUCCAUUUGCCUGAUCUUAGUAAAGUGGGAUUUUCCUAAAGGAGGCAAGCAGAGGGAGGCACAGCGGCCUGGAUUUGGAGGCGCAGUCACCGGACUCUGCAGGCAGAAAGUCGUCUUUUGCUUGCAUAUUCCAGAUUGAUUAGAAAAGGCCUCCUGGCUGCUGCGGCUUGGUCCAUUAGUAUCAGGCAGGGAUGGAGUGUCUUGGCUUCUAGUUUUGUGGUUGGUUUUUUCUCCCCCCCCCCUCUUUUUUGAACUUCGAAAUGUUUUGACUUUUUAAAUGUUUUUAAGUGAUGUCUGAUGUAAUUCUUGUUCCUAAAACUGGCUGUUACUCAUCUGCGAUCUAGUGCUUUAUUUUUUAUGCCUCUCCCACAUGGGUAGGACUCGGGGAUGACAUAAUGAAUGGGGAAAAUGGCCUUUUUAUCUCGUGCUGAAAUUGGGCAGAUUGGUGUUUUAUCUAGACACGCCGACAUCAAGUACGCGAACGGUACUUUCAGUGUUAGCAAAUCUGGCGGUCAGAACGAUUGAUAGUGCAAAUUAAAACCAAAUGGAAGCAAGCCAUUUUAUAUAGGUUGUGAAUCUAUUUUGUUUUUAGAAGUCCAGGCCCUCUUCCUCCAAGUCAAGAAAGUUACAGGGUGCCCUGUCAUGUACAUGUUACCAGUCUAAAAGUAACAAGAUGAUUCUGUAUUCAAAAGAAAAAUGCCUCAAGAGACUCCUGUUCCUAUUCGGUUUUCAGUAAUGGUGGUCUUAAGACAUUCCGGGGUCAAAAUCUGAAAUACAGUGAUUCAGCAAUAAGUAGCUCUUACAAUGGCCCUAAGCCGCCUCCUCCGUCAUUCUUCACUCUUCAGCUCACCCCAGCUUUUUUGCGAGGGGCACUGGUUGCCAAGCCCCGCCAGUGCACCUGGGAUGCCCGCCCUACCAGGCAAGUCCUCACCUGCCCCCAAAGACCCUUCUCUGACUAGAGAAUGUGGUUGUGAGACUUCCCUGUCAGCCUCGUGGUUCAGGAAGGCAGGGGCAUCUGAAGAAUAUUAUCUUUUCUUCACCAGUCUCUCUUCCUUGGGUCUAGUUGUGCCGCAGGUUAUCAACAGAGGGUCCCAGGCUCUGCAGAACCCCUCCUCAUUUCGGAGCUCGCCAUCCGUAAAUAGGUCUACACCCUUCAGACAGUGACGGGUUUCUUAGUUGCAGACAGACGUCAACUGCAGCCUGACUUGGGGAGGGGGGUGCCCCUCACACAGCUGGAUUCAGUGAUGAUGACUAAUGUCCAAUAACCCCAGUGCCUUUUCCAAGUUGCCCCCAAAAGGGCGGGCCUCCCACCGAGGGUGCCCUUGUCCAGAAAUGGGGAAGCAGCUCCAUUUCUUUUGUAUUUAUUUCCCCCAAACGCCCUGGGGAGCAUUCACAAAUCAGGUGCAAUAAAUAAGCGGGACUAUUUGAGAAAUACAUAAUAAAUAAGCUUUCAGUGUUUCUUGGAAGAUAAGAAGCAUUCGAAUGGGUUUCUUUUUAUUUAAGUAUUUUGAUGAUAGGGGAAGUGGUGAGAAAUAAUGGGAGUUCUGUAGUUCUCCAGAAAUUAAAACAGUUUCAGAGUCAAGAUAGAAUUUAUUUUUUUUUCUCUAAGGUUUCAUUUUAAUGGUGGCAAAACAGGACUCUUUCAGUGUUUUUUAAAGAUGUAAAUUUCGAAUGGCUAAAAGAAUGUUUUGUGGUUUUGAUCUUUGCAUAUAAUUUGCCUUUUUAAAAACAAGCAUUACUUGUAGUCACGUGGAUGUUCAAUGGGUUAUGGGUAUGUUUAUAAACCAAAAAAAGUGUCUGUUCAUUUUUUAGAAGUGCUCGUUUUCCAGGUCUUCCCUCUGAGUGGACAGUGAACGAAAAUCUCGAUUGUCUUUCAUUUGUUUGCUCAUCGAAAAUUCCUCCACUGGGUGUGGUUUGCUAGAGCAGGCCCUGUGGCUCUCUGCUCUUGGGGGGGGUCCCGAUCUCGGAAACUGGGGAUGAAGAGUCAUAAUGGGAUCUUUCCCGGGGCCUCGAAGACACUCUGGCAUCUUCUCCGCACUUCCCGAAGUGGACACAUGGGACUGAGCAGGGAGUCUGUGGUUUCAGAUGGCUUCUCCUUGGUAGGGUUGGAAAGCUGUGAAUGUUUCGGCAGUUUCGUGAUCAGUCCUAGAGCCUGUCGGACCUGUGAGGAUGAUGUGUCACUUUGACUUCAGCAUGAAUGGAGAACCGAAGGCUCGUCUUCACCCGAUGCCUGAAAAGUGCCUUGUCAAGAAAUGUCCACAUGUUUUGAAAAAAAUAUUUUUGUAAACAAAGGUAAAGGGGAAAUGCACUUUAAAAUCACCAGAAUGGAUGUCUUGUGUGUGGUGUAAGAGAGUGGUUCGUUUGUAUCUCAAACGCAAAAAUGUAAUAAAGGUAGAAAACACAAAA